GUAGGGUAUGUACAGUCCCCAAGGGAAGUUGUAGUUAGUAAUGUUGAUAUUAUCAAGUUAUUUGUCUGUUUUCAUGAGCUUAAUUAUUAGUUGAGAAUAAAAGAGAUCAAGAUUCAAGAUAGAUAUUAAUUCAGUCCCGAUUUGAACCAGCCCGGCUAUGUUGUUGAGGCCUUAACAGAAGGCACCAAUCGAAUUUUGCCACAUCACAUAUUCCACAUGAAACCAAAAAAGGUGCACCACUGGAAUAUGAAUUCUGCUGAAGCAAAACCUGUAAGCCCCUCGCUCUUCUUCCUCGAGUUUUCCAGAACAAGAAGAAAGAGAAAGAGAGAGGGUGAGGGUGAGGGUGAGUGAAAUUUUAGUACUUUGAUUUUCCGUUUCUUUAGAUUUUGCUUCGACAUUGAGUCUUCUGGCACGUCCUUGGGAAAAAUCGUAUGUUUCAGAUUCUUGGGCUUUGGUUUUAUUUCAGAAGAAUUUGUUCGGCCAAGGAAAUCUACAGCUGGUUGACUACACUUUUGCUUAAGAGAUCUAUUUUCUGAGCCUUGACAGGUUCAAAACUUUUGGGUUGCAGCCGGUUACUUUCGCUAGCCGACGAUCUCUUGGUGGCUUUCUUAGAGAGUAAGCUUGAGGGGUUCGAUUUUUUUCUUAUGCGAGAAGCCAUUGAUUCUAUAAAGAAAAAGAAAAAAGUUGAAAUCUCUCUCUCUCUCUCUCUCUCUCUCUCUCUCUCUCUCUCUCUCUCUCUCUCUCUACGUGUGGUUGUCGUGGGGUUGAACUCGUGUAAUGCUGGGGUCAGAAGCUCCAACAGGGUCUAACAACCUUUGUCUCGAUUGGGUAUCUCUGAUUUCCAACGCAGAUCGCCCAUAAUCAAAGUUCACGGAGAGAGGGGCCAUCGUCAUGAUGGAGAGGGCCGUCAUCUGGGUUCCAUGGGAGAGAAUGGAGAGUUGUUGUCAUCUGGGUUCCGUGGGAGAGAAUGGAGAGGGUUUGUGUUUCUGGUUCCGUGGGGAGAAAAUGGAGAGGGCAGCAUGCGUAAUACCAUGUAGAGGGGGCACAUGGCCAAUAUAUAUGAUAUCUCUUAAGGAAACUACUGCGGAUCCAUCUGAUGCAUCAUCUGUCAACGCUGCUCAGAUCAUUUCUCAAGUUCUUGGAUCACGUUCUGGAUAUUUGAGGGCCUUAGGACAUUGCAUGAAGCCAUCCUCAGCAUCAUCAUCCUCUUUUCGAACCAGAUCGAAUGACGACAAGACUAAGUAAUUGGAGGAAGCAACACUUGAGAUAGAACGUUUGAGAUCCAAGGAAGAAGAGUUGUUGACCCGAUUAGAUCAAACAGCAGAUCUUGAGGCGAGAUUAGAAGAGAACAUGUAGAGGAGACUGAGGACGAAGGUACAAAAAGCUAUGCUUCAAUUAUGUCCCAAAACAUUUGAACAAUUGAUGUUUGAAUUACAAUU